CGGCGACGGACGACAGGGCGAGUGGCGCUGCCUCCGACGGGCGCUUCGCCGGCCGACAAGGCUAUUUACGCCCCCCGGCCCCUCUCGGUAGAGCUUCAGCUCCUGCUCCUCAUGCUGCUUCUCGAGGGGAUCCACCGUAAAAAAAUACAAGCCGCUUCACUGGAGGAGCAGAGGAAGCGCUUACAAGUGUUUUUACUGGAGGCUUGUAACAGAAAAAACAUGCUCCUCACUGGGAACUCCCUUUGUUUCCCCACGUCACACCCAUCUCUGGGCUCCGCAUACCUGUGGCUCUGAAAUCUCGCACGCGGAGGUGGCUAGGGUUUGGCGGCACUGGCCCGAGCCGCCCCUGCAUCGCUUUUCGAGCCCAUCGGGAUCCUGAUCUCCGUUGCCCCUCCCCUUCGCUUCCCUGCUCGCGUGAUCUCAACGGCCACCUGUUGUCUUCACGUGGCCGCCGCCGGAUCCUGGCGUCCUCCUUUCACCUCCCAGCGUGGAAUUUGACUGCAAGCCGCCGAUCACGGGAACCGAUGCAGGAAGUUUUUGAUCCACCAGAAAUGGAAAGGGAAACAGAAUCGAAAUUUGGUACUUGUACUUCCAUUAGGAAGGAUGUGGUUUUCGAGCAAGAUCCAGGUUCUUCAUAUCGAUUAUGGGGCAAUAUGAAGUUUGAAGAAGAUGGCCAUUUGCUGUCUCAGUUCCCCUUGCAGGAUUAUCAAACACGGCCUAUGGAGUCCAACUAUGUUACUAACCUUAGAUCACAUGCAUAUUCUGAGGAUCCGUUGCCACUGGGAAGAGAAUGUCGUAGGCAGAAGUCACACCUUCCUAUUUCAAGCUCUUCUUGGGAAAACUCUUCUGCAUUAGAAGCAGCACCACCACCAAGUAGCCCAGACGCAUUAGGGCAUGCAUUCGGGAAAAUGACAACCAAAACCAACACCCUCAGUGCAAGGCCAGAUUAUCGUGCUUCAUAUCCUGCCACUGCUCCUCACAUGAGAAAGCAUACAGGAGAAGUUGAACUCGAUUAUGGUUUAGAUCAUUCUGAUCAUUGUUGCAGAAGAUCAGACCGAUUUACUGCCUUUUCAAGCCGCAAUGGUCAAUCUGUAGAACAUUGCAGUGAGCUGCUCGAUUAUGCCAGAGGCCCCCACUAUGUAGAUGGGAUCAAUCCUAUUUCACAUCAAUGGUGCUUUGAUGAUGGAGGCCCUUCGGUACCAAGAGGGCUGCAGUAUGGCGAUGAGAUCCCUUCUUUGUCUAGUAAGAAGCAUAAUGGGCUACCUUCACGCUCAAGCCAAUGGCACUAUGAUCCUCAAACCCCAUUGUUCUCAAGAAGACAGGAGUAUGGUGAUGAGAUCCCGUCACUAUCUCCAAAUUGGCGUUACCGAUAUAAGAUUCCUCUGCACUCUGGUCAUUGGUGCCAUGAUGCUGAGGCACCUGCACGAUCAAGGUACCGGCAAGGUGCUUCUCAUUGGAAUGGUCACUCAAGGCAAAAUUUUGCCAGGAUCAAUACCAAUGAGCAAGCCAAAGUUACCACAAGCAAACAUGCUUUUAUGAAACAUAGGAUGGUCAACAGAGUUGUAAACAGUAGUGUCCACUACAGGACCAAUAUGAAAGAUAAUCGGUGCAGAAAUCCUGAGGAUAUAAAGGACCAAGUUCGUGGGCCAAGAGCAAGUAAAUUGAAUAAUACUUCAGCUUCAUCCAGUGUGAAAGAUAUUUCAAGUCCAUUGGUCUGUAGGGAUCAAUUUAAUACAUCCGACUUUUCAGUUCAGUAUAAACAGGCCAAGUUUUUCAUGAUAAAAUCAUAUAGUGAAGACGAUAUUCAUAAAGGUAUCAAAUACAACGUUUGGGCAAGUACAGCAAACGGGAACGAUAAACUCGAUGCUGCUUACCAUGAAGCUCAAAUUUUAAUGAAAGAGAACGGGGAGAACUGUCCUGUGUUCCUAUUCUUCUCGGUUAACACCAGCGGACAGUUUGUAGGGUUGGCUGAAAUGUUAGGCCCUGUUGAUUUCAAGAAGACCAUGGAUUUCUGGAAAGAAGAUAAAUGGAAUGGCUUUUUCCCUAUAAUAUGGCAUAUUAUAAAGGAUAUUCCAAAUCGUCUGUUCAGACAUAUAAUUCUUGAACACAAUGACAACAGACCAGUUACUUUUAGCAGGGACACUCAGGAGAUUGGGUUGGCGCAAGGUAUGCAAAUGUUGAAAAUUUUCAAGGAUCAUCUUCAGGGAACAUCAAUUCUGGAUGAUUUUGAUUUUUAUGAAGAAAAAGAUAAUGCACGCCGUGCCCAAAAGGGUGGAAAUUCAGAGUCAACACAUCAAGCUAGAUUUUCUGAAGACUUGGAGCCGAUGGGAAAUUUGGAGGCACGCAUGGAGAGCUGGAGUUUGUACGAGAAUUGGGAUUAAUGCACAGAUCACUGUACAAGUGGAAUAAAGAGCAUUAUGAGUCAGUGAAGUAGCUGAAGGCACUGACGCUCCUUUGGAGAACAAUUCCAACCGAAAUUUGUCUAUACGUGUCAGCUGAAACUGCUUUAUUGUUAUACAGUGUUUAUGUAGAAGCAUAGAUGUAUUGGUAAACACAGACGUGAAGAGAUUUUAGCACUGGAGAUUUCCUGAAACCGGGUCACUUCGAUAUUUCCUGAAAUCUGGUUACUUGUCAA